AGAAUCCACCUUUUGCCCCUGUCUUGCCAAUAAAUAGCCAGACAUGCACCCCCUGUCAAGUGUGUUCUAGAUAUCGAUUUCCAUCAACCUUCCGAUCAAAUCUGAAAAGAAAAAAUGUUGAGCUCUCAGAUUCAGAACCUAAAUUUUACAAAAACCUUCCGUCUUUUACCACCAAAACCUUCUAUUGCUAGCCGAGGAAAGAAUUGCUUCCCUACUUUUCAUAAGCAGCGGAAAUGUUUCCCCCGUAACAAGACAAGCUUGAGUCUAGUUGCCAGUGUCAGUACCGGCAUUGAUAAGCCAUUAUUAUCAGAAACACCUUAUUCAGAAGCAGUUUCAGUUAAGGCAACUAUUACUGUUAAAAUAACACCUAGGUGGUUCAUCUCUAGUCUUGGUACUUUGACACAAUCUGCUGAUAAGAUAUUAGAAAUCAUUUGUAAAAAUUUGCAUUUGGAGCUUGUUAGCUCAGAGCUUGAUCCAAAAACUGGGCUGGAGAAGGAUACAAUCAAAUCUUACAAUCAAACUGCUCUUGGGAUCAAUAACCUUAUUGUAGUGACGUUAGAGGCAAAUUUCAAUGUCCCAGAAGGGUUUGGUGAGAUUGGAGCUGUAUUGAUAGAGAAUGAACAUGACAGGGAAAUCUUUGUUGAUAGCGUAGUUCUUGAAGGCUUUCCAACAGGGGCUGUUACUAUUUCAUGCAAUUCUUGGGUUCAAUCCAAAAAUGAUGACCCAAAGAAGAGGAUAUUCUUUACCACCACGUCAUACUUACCUGUCGACACACCAAAUGGAUUGAAGAGACUAAGAGAGGAAGAGUUGGAAAAUCUACGAGGAAAUGGAGAAGGGGAGAGACAACCAUUUGAGAGAAUCUAUGACUAUGAUGUAUAUAAUGAUCUUGGAGAUCCAGAUACCAGUGAUGACCUUGCAAGACCUGUUCUUGGUGGCAAAGAGCAUCCAUAUCCCAGGCGUUGCAGAACAGGACGUCCUCCUACCAAAACGGACCCAUUAUCAGAAUCAAGGAGCGAUGAUAUAUACGUGCCUAGAGAUGAGGCCUUCUCAUGGUUGAAGCAAGCAUCAUUUGGUUUAAAUAAACUAAAAGCUCUAUUUAGAACAAUAGUUCCCAUAUUAGGGGGUCUAUUUGGAAAAGAGGAAUUUUCAAGCUUCACUAAUAUAGACCUACUUUUUAAAGAAGGGACUGAACUGCCCAACAGUGUAAAACAGUUUUAUGACACUGACACGCUAUUACCAGAAAUAGUGAGGGCUUUCAAGAAAAUUAAAAGACUCCUGAAAUUUGAUGCUCCCCAGUUGUUUGAUAGUGAUCGAUUUUCUUGGCUCAAGGACGAAGAAUUUUCUCGUCAAACUCUCGCUGGUCUUAAUCCAAUUUGCAUAAGAUUAGUUAGAGAACAGGAAUGGCCUCUGAAGAGUGAACUUGACCCUAAAAUCUACGGCCCACCUGAAUCUUUGAUCACAAAAGAAAUAGUAGAAAAAGAAAUUGGAUGCUCCAUGACAGUAGAAGAGGCUUUAAAGAAGAAGAGGCUAUUUAUAUUGGAUUACCAUGAUUUACUCUUGCCGUAUGUGGCCAAAGUGAGGGAGCUUGAGGGCACCACAUUAUAUGGUUCCAGGACUCUCUUCUUCCUCACUGAUGAAGGCACACUGAAGCCUGUAGCUAUCGAACUCACUCGCCCACAGAUCGGUGACAAGCCACAAUGGAAGCAAGUGUUUACACCAGUAUAUGAUGAUUCCACUGCUGGUUGGCUAUGGAGGUUGGCUAAAACACAUGUCGUAGCUCAUGACUCUGGCAUCCACCAACUUAUCUCUCACUGGUUGAGGACACACUGUUGUGUAGAGCCGUACGUAAUUGCAAGUAAUAGACAACUCAGUGAAAUGCAUCCAAUAUAUAGACUUUUACGUCCCCAUUUCCGAUUUACAAUGGAAAUCAAUGCUUUUGCUCGACUACAACUCAUUAAUGGAGGUGGAACCAUAGAAAAAACUUUUUCUCCUGGCAAAUACUCCAUGGAGAUCAGCUCUGUUAUUUAUGACAAGCUCUGGCGUUUUGAUGAAGAAGCUUUGCCAGCUGACUUGAUCAAAAGGGGAAUGGCAGUGGAGGAUCAAUCAGCAGAGCAUGGUCUCAAGCUAACUAUCAAAGACUACCCAUUUGCCAACGAUGGUCUGAUACUUUGGGAUGCAAUUAAGCAAUGGGUUACUGAUUAUGUGAACUACUAUUACCCAGAAGCAAACCAGAUCACAUCUGAUAAUGAACUUCAAGCAUGGUGGGAAGAAGUUAGAACAAAAGGCCAUGGAGACAAGAAGGACGAGCUAUGGUGGCCUGUUCUGAAUACCCAACAAGAUCUAAUCCAAGUUUUAAGCAGCAUAAUAUGGAUAGCUUCAGGUCAUCAUGCAGCUGUGAACUUUGGACAGUAUGGGUAUGCUGGAUAUUUUCCCAACAGGCCAACAAUAGCUAGAACCAAUAUGCCAACAGAGGAACCAUGGAAGACAGAGUUUAAAGAUUUCUUGAAGGAUCCAGUACGUGCAUUGUUGAAUUGCUUUCCUUCAAAGCUGCAAGCAACUACUGUGAUGUCUGUUUUGGAUAUUUUAUCGAGCCAUUCACCUGAUGAGGAAUAUAUUGGAUACACAUCAGAAGCGUCAUGGGAAGCAAAUUCUACGAUUAAGGCUGCAUAUGAAAAAUUCAGCAAGACAGUGAAGGAGCUUGAAGCUACAAUUGAUGAGAGAAACAAAGAUUUGAAGAAUAAAAAUAGAUUUGGUGCUGGAGUUGUUCCUUAUGAACUGUUGAAGCCGCUCUCUGGUCCUGGUGUCACAGGGAAGGGUGUCCCCAAUAGUAUUUCAAUCUGAGCUAGUUUUAAUUUGCAAAAAUAAAAUAAAGAAAUAAAUGCUGUGAGAAUAAGUUGUACGAUGGAAGUAUAAGAAUAAGAAUGAUCAAUGGAUUUCCUAAGUAAUAUUUUUAAUAGUUGAAA